UCAUACACACACCUGUUGGAGUGUCUUGGGAGUAGAAUAGACUAGCAGGGAAGUUCACCUUGCAGACAGAAGGGCUUGGAGGACAGCAACAUUUUAUUGGGGAGUCCUGUCUGAACUGUGGCCAUGGCUGAACAUCAGGAGGUGGCUUCAUCUGAGGGGACACCUGCUGCUGACAUGUACCCCAGAAAGAUACUGGAGUAUAUGGAAGGAUUCCUCAUCUCCAAGACGGUUUUCUCCUCCUGUGAGCUGGGUGUGUUUGAUGUGUUGCUGGCUGCAGAACGCCCCCUGUCAGCGGAGGAGAUCAGUCAGGCAGUUGGAGCCAGCCUGGAUGGCACACAGAGGCUGCUGGCUGCCUGCGCCGGCCUGCAGCUCCUCAACACACACCAGGACAACGGAAGAGUGCUGUACAGUAACACAGAGCAGGCCAGUGUCUACCUGACCCGCUCCAGUCCUGUAUCCCUCUACCAGUCCAUCCAGUACAGCUCCAGAACCAUUUACCUCUGCUGGCACUACCUGACCGAUGCUGUCAGAGAGGGAAGAAAUCAGUAUGAAAAGGCUUUUGGAGUCAGCUCGAACGACCUGUUUCAAGCUCUCUACAGGUCUGACGAGGAGAUGGUAAAGUUUAUGCAGUUAAUGAACUCCAUUUGGAACAUCUGUGGUAAAGACGUGGUCACAGCCUUCGACCUUUCGCCUUUCAAGAUCAUCUGCGACCUUGGAGGCUGCAGUGGAGCAUUAGCCAAGCAGUGCACGUCAGCCUACCCAGAAUGCACUGUGACGAUCUUUGACCUCCCCAAGGUGGUGCAUACGUCGAGGGAACACUUUGUCACUGAUGCUGACCAGAGGAUAAGCUUCCAUGAAGGGGACUUUUUCAAAGACCCCCUGCCAGAGGCUGACCUCUACAUCCUCGCCAGAAUCCUCCACGACUGGACAGACGAACGCUGCAUCGAGCUACUCAGUAGAGUCUACAAAGCCUGCAAACCAGGAGGCGCUGUGUUACUGGUGGAGGCCUUGCUCCAUGAGGACGGCUCUGGCCCAGUGACAGUGCAGCUCUACUCCCUGAACAUGCUGGUACAGACGGAGGGCAGAGAGAGGACAGCUGCUCAGUACGCUGUCCUGCUGGCUGCCGCCGGCUUCACUGAUAUCCAGCACCGUCUCACUGGGAAGAUCUACGAUGCUGUACUGGGACACAAAGAGACAUGAGACUGACAGAUAAGGCUACUCGUGUUCAAGGACUGAAAACUCACACCGACUGAGAAGAAAAGUGCUACUUA